AACAAACAAGAGCAAGAGGAACCUGCGAGAGCCCGACACAGUCGAACACUCAGCUGGCCAAAUUUCAGCGAUAUGGCUUCUGUACCCAACAAAAUCCGAACUUUUGAUGAUUUCGUGAGGGUUCACGAGCUGCUGCUGACGGCCACGGGGCUGCCGCCGCAGCUGCACGGGCCGCUGUUCGAGAAGCUGUCGGCCGAGACAUUCGAUGGAGGCGCCUACUUCCAAAUCGAGCCCGCCGAUGAUGAGGGACGGCAGAGGAGGCUGGUGAUGACGGCGGACUUCAUGGGCAAAGAUUCCAACGUCUUCCUAGUCGACCAUGCCUGGACUUUUCGGCUCUCCGAUGCUUACAAACAGCUUCAGGAAGUUCCGGGUUUGGCUCAGAGGAUGGGUUCUAUAAUGUGUGUGGACAUAGAUUUGGAUACUGAUGCUGAAGCGGCAAAUUAUCCUCUGGAUGCUCAUUCUCACGAGGAUGUGGUAAAAGUGAGUGCUGCUGAUUUGGUAGCGGAGGAACUCACUAAAGCUAAGGAGAAUGGUGACAGCGUGCGGUGGUUGGAGCUCGAGGAGCUUGACAUCAAUGAUGAAACACUUGUGUCACUCAAUUUAUCUAGUAAAUUCCCGGAUUUGCUUGCUCUCAGCCUGUGUUGUAACAAGCUUGAAAGUGUGGAUGUUGUGGCCCGUGAAGUCGCGAAGUUCAAUAAGCUGAGAGCUCUCUGGCUUAAUGAUAAUCCAAUUACAAACAUAUCUGAUGGCUAUGUGACAGAUAAAAUCCUCCAGGCAUCUCCAAAGCUAGAAAUUCUUAACUCGCAUUUUACCCGUAAUUUUGGUCAAUGGGCAUUGGCAUUUUGUGGAGGAUUAUAUGACAAGGACAAUCCAGGCCAUCCUGUUGAAAGUGACCACCACCCUUUGCAGAGCGUGACAUCUCUUGACCUCUCAAACAGAUGCAUUCACAAUCUUGUAGACAGCAAGGCAUUUUCACCUGCUGAGAUGCCAUCUCUCUCUCAUCUGAACCUUCGGGGUAAUCCCCUCAAUGAGAAUUCUGCCAGUGAUAUGCUCAAAGUACUGGAGGGGUUUCCUACUCUUAAUUCUCUUGAGGUGGAUAUCCCUGGGCCUCUUGGAGAAAGUGCCAUAAUGCUUCUAGAAUCUCUGCCGAAUCUCUCUCAACUCAAUGGUGUCGAUGCUGCAAAAAUACUGGAGGCCGGGAGGCACAUCAUUGAUUCUAUUCUGGAACCACGUCUGCCUGAGUGGACCCUAGGAGAGCCCCUUGUGGAUCGCAUCACUAACGCAAUGUGGUUAUAUCUGAUGACAUAUAGGCUUGCCAAUGAAGAGAAGAUUGAUGAGACGUCAGUGUGGUAUGUGAUGGAUGAGCUGGGAUCCGCUCUGCGACACAGUGAUGAGCCCAAUUUCAUGGUCGCUCCUUUUCUCUACAUGCCAGAAGGGAAACUCUCGUCUGCUGUGAGCUUUUCUUUGCUAUGGCCAAUUCGGGACUUAGUGAAGGGCGAUGAAUGCACUCGAGACUUUCUUUACGGGAUUGGGGAGGACAAACAGCGUUCUGCCCGACUCACCGCUUGGUUUCAAACACCACAAAAUUACUUCAUCCAUGAGUAUGAGAAGCAUCGUCAGAAUUUAGACUCGAGAAGUUUAACUCCAGCAUCCUCGGAGGCCCCCUCAACUAGAAGCUUACUUAAAGGCGAUAAAAGUGUUCUACGUGUGUACACUGAUAUACCUCACGUUGAAGAAUUUUUGACUAGGCCUGAAUUUGUAAUUACAUCAGACCCAACGGGUGCAGAUAUAAUUUGGACGAGUUUGCAAGUGGACGAAGAUAUGAAGAAAACCACAGGAAUUACCGAUCAGCAAUACAUAAACCAGUUCCCUUUCGAAGCAUGUCUUGUUAUGAAACAUCAUUUAGCCGAGACGGUUCAAAAGGCUUACGGAUCGCCUGAAUGGUUGCAGCCUACUUACAACCUUGAAACACAUCUGACGCAACUAAUUGGCAACUAUUAUGUUCGGGAAAGAGACGGACUUAACAAUCUUUGGAUCUUGAAACCUUGGAAUAUGGCACGAACUAUUGAUACGACUGUCACAAGUAAUAUAUCUGCAAUUAUCCGUGUUAUGGAGACGGGUCCAAAGAUAUGUCAGAAGUAUAUAGAACACCCUGCUCUGUUCAAUGGAAGGAAGUUCGACCUCCGCUUCAUUGUGUUGGUCCGAAGUAUGAACCCCUUGGAAAUAUUUCUCGCUGAUAUAUUCUGGGUUCGGUUGGCAAAUAAUCAAUAUUCUUUGGACCGGCACAGCCUUUUCGAGUACGAAACUCACUUCACCGUUAUGAAUUAUCGAGGGACAAUCAAUCACAAGAACACGAACGAGUUUGUGAAGGAGUUUGAAGAGGAGCAUGGAGUUAAAUGGUUGGAUAUUCACGAGAGAAUAAGGAAAAUGGUCAGAUCAGUUUUCGAGGCAGCUGCAGGAGUCCACCCUGAGAUGCACAGCCCAAUGUCUAGGGCAAUUUAUGGCAUUGAUGUGAUGCUCGAUAGCAAUUUUCGGCCCAAGCUGUUGGAGAUCACAUACUGUCCUGACUGUACAAGAGCUUGCAAGUACGAUAUGGAAGCAGUAGAUGGAAAAGGCAGAAUAAUCAAAGCCAGCAAUUUCUUUAACUAUGUGUUUGGCUGUCUCUUCUUGAAUGAAACCGCUCAUGUGAGUCCAUUGUGAUCAUCGCAUGUAUGUCGCUUCAAGUUUACAUUUACGAGCUUGAAUUUUGGCGGUGUGUCGUUGUUUACAUGUCAUAUGGUUUUGUAUUGCAUGUACUUGGAACUUGGAAAAAGCUUUUGUCCUUUAACUUGA